AUGGAAGGAUUAACUGAUCGGAGCUAUCGAAUAACCAUAUCAAUUGAAAGUCAAUCAGGAGACAGCUUGGGGGAAAAUGAGGGUUUUCUUCAAGGAAACAAGAAGGCGCCCAGCACCUUGGAUGGCCAGCCUCUGGUGGUCUCCAAACAGCAGAGUGAGAUGCUGCGUGGGGUCCCCACCCAGGUGGUGUACACCGCCUUCAGCAGCCACAUGCUGGUGGUGGUGACUCAGUUUGGGAAGAUGGGGACCCUGGUGCCCCUGGAGCCCAGUGAGGUGGCCAGUGACAUCAGCAAGCCCAUGCUCACCACCAGAGUGCUUCUCGGGCAGGAUGAGCCUCUGGUCCACGUCUUUGCGAAGAACCUGGUGACAUUCGUGUCUCAAGAAGCCGGGAACCAAGCCGUCCUCCUGGCUUUGGCUGUAAAGGACCAGAGCAUGGAGGGCAUGAAGGCCCUGCGGGAGGUCAUCCAGAUGUGCCAGGUGUGGUGA